UGAUUCUUAUCAUUAUGGUUUACUGUGAAGAAGCCAUUGUAUCACAAAGGAAAUUUGUGUUCAUUAUUUAUGAAUUAGAUAAAGAAAAAGCUGAAAGUUUGACGAACACAGACGGGACUCUGAAUGUAGAGCUAUGAAAGUUUUCCACAUUUUCGACAUGAAUUUGAUUGUGGAAAUUCAAAACUAUCUGAAACAAAAAUGGUGCUCUCCUCGGGACACACUUCAUGUUUCUAAAGUUCCAAAGGUAUUACGGGAACCUGCCAUCUUUACGGGUUAUCGUCCCGUCAACAGGUCGUGGCGAUAUUACUUCUUCAGUCUUUUUCGUGUCCACAAUGAAACUUUUAACGUCUGGAGCCACCUUGUAGGCAUUUUAGCGAUCUUUCUACUACUUUGGAAUCUCUCAGACACCUACGGAUUUACAAGGAAUAAGCAUAUAUGGCCAGUCUUAACAUUUGGCGUGUGUGCGAUCAUAACAAGCAUGCUUAGUUCUGUCGCCCAUUUAUUUCAUUCCAAAUCUACGGAUGUUCAUUAUACGAUGUUCUUGCUAGACUAUAUUGGAGUGACGUUUUACUCUUAUGGUACCGGUGUUAUUGCAAUGUAUGCCUGUUCAACAAAAACAUUUUACGACAAUUGGUCACAGCACUACCUCCCAGCACUAGUUAUUGCCUGCUGGCUUUCUUACAUUGUUCUGUGUGUAGCGAAAUGUCUUUAUGGGGAAAAUCCAUUUAAUCUUUCCCGGAAACUUUUACAACUUGGAGGUAUUUUUAUCCUCUCCGUACUGCUGAUUGCUCCGUUAUUUGAUAGAUAUAUGGCGUGUUUUAUGCAAAGAUCCUGUUCAAUAUCUUCACUUCAUCAUAUCAGUAUUUGUAUACUCCUUUUCGCUUUACAAGCCUUCUUCUUUGGCAGCCAUUUUCCUGAAAAGUUGUUUCCGGGUAAAUGUGACAUCCUAGGUCAAGGACACCAGAUUUUCCAUAUUCUAAGUACCAUAACCCAGGCGACCCAGAUCCAGGCUGUUAUCGUUGACAUGGAGUCCGGGCACUCUGACCAUACUGACCCAGUGCUCUCACAGCUUUUUGUUUAUGGUAUCCUAUUGAUGGCCUUGUCACUACUCACAUUCCUAUAUGCACGAAGAUUUAGACUUAGCAGAACAUUUUAAGUUUGUUAUUUUGUUCAAUUCGUGAUUUUUAAUGAUGACAAUCGCUCUAUUUAUUUUGUAACUUCAUUCCGAUGAGUCUUUCAGUCACUUUUCUAGUCCGAUAUGUAUGUCAGUGUCUUGUUAUGAAAUGCCAUAUUGUCUGUUCGAUUAUAUCGUUUCUUGUGAAGGGUAUUCUGUGAUGAAUAACAUUUGUAAACACCAGUAAUUUAAAGAAGCAGAAUAACUGACCAAAACAUGGAAUGGGACAUCGUUAUAUCAAUAUUUAAGACCAAUUUGCUGAAUUGAAUUCAGUUUAAUAUAUAUACUCAGGUAUAAAAUACAGAGAGUGAAAAGGGGGUUGGGGUUCACGUGCAAUUUACGGUUGUUUUGCUUACACACAGAGAGAGAUUCACAUGCAACA